AUGUCUUCUGAGACACCGAUCGGCGACGGGCGCGACGGCGGCGCGCCAUUCUCGCGCGCGCAAGACGCUGAGAGACGCAUCGAAUCGUCCGCCACGUCCACGUCGAGGAUGUUUUCCGCUCGGGAAGGAUCACCAGGUCGCACUGAGCACGCCUCGUCCGUGUUUGCGGCGGCGUCGACGAGCGAGACCGCGGCGAGGGCGAUGGAAAGCGCGCGAAACGGUAAGGUUGAGCUCUAUCCCACGCACAGGCGCGCGCGCGAGCACCGAUGCAACGACAGGCUGGAGGAUGUCGUCCAGGCGCUCUUCGAGGGCAAUCCUCUCCUCACCGUGCCGCCGGCUUGGAAUCUCUUCAUGCGGUGCAUGCGGAGCGAGGUGGGGAACGAACCGACUGAUCCGUUUCUGUAUCACACGCCGACGUGGUUGGAAGAGUCGCGGAGGAGGGAGAGGGGGAAGCGCGGGCGCGGGUGGUUUGGCGGCGGCGGUUGA